AUGUCGUCGGAAGCCAUCUAUAGAAUAGAUGUCCUUCGCCAGUCGACAAAUUCUCUGCAUGAUAUAUUAGUUUUGAAUACGAGAAAAAGUUUCUUUUCUUUUAGCGAAGAACGUAUUCGUAAUGGUUCGAAAAAGUUGGCCAAAGCUCGAUCAACGACCCAACAAGGCCGUCUAGACAAGUUCUUUACCGUAUCUCGUACAGUAACAGCAAAGACAUCGAGUCCGAAGAAAUCUGAGGCUCCGAUUGUCACCAUUAAAGGUUUGAAACGUAAAAUCGAACCAGCAAGUGAAGCUAAACCGAAAGGGAAACCUGCUGGUAGUUCAGCUAAAAAAGCAAAAGUGAAAUAA